GUCAUUAAAAAACCAACAAAAAGUAAAAUAAGAGAGAUAUAUAUGUGAAUUAUUAAGCUAAUUGGCCAAGCAUAUAACUUUCGCGAGUCGUGUUGGUUGUGUUAUGUUUAUCGUAACGUGCACAAGAUUGAAAAACUAAAUUUUACAGCAUUAUUCACAUUAAAUGUGAACAGUGCGUGACGUGCGUCUAUGAAUGCGCGCUAAGCUAAACAACAUUGUUUAGUUACUGAACUUUGAGCAGACACUCACAAAAAUACACAAAAUAUGCCGCUGCCCAAGCGAUCCAUCGAGCCAGUGCAUGUGGCGCGUUCUGUUUAUCAGCAGGAUGAGCUGCAGUCAGUGGAGCUGGAGACAGUGACAAAUACGACGCUGACAAACAUCAUAAGGCAAUUGUCAUCGUUAUCCAAGCAUGCUGAGGAUGUUUUCGGUGAACUGGCACGGGAUGUGGGCAACAUAGGAGAUCGCGCAAACUCACUGCAAGCGCGCAUUGAUCGUCUGGCCAUCAAGGUGACGCAGCUGGACAGCACAGUGGAGGAAGUGCCGCUCACAGAUAUAACACGCAAGAAGGCUUUCAAAUCGGCCAAAGUGUUCGAUCAGCAGAUAUUCUCACGCUCCACAAUGCCGGCGCCCAUGCUGGAGACGUAUGCACAAUGCGAUAAGCCGCCGCCACUGGACAAGCUCAAUGUGUAUCGUGACGAUGGCAAGGAUGGCCUCAAAUUCUAUACAGAUCCCAAUUACUUCUUUGAGCUCUGGCGGCAAGAGAUGAUCAAGGAUACGGAGCGUGUGAUGCACGACAAGGGCAAGAAAAUGCAUCGACCGCGACAAGAAGGCGCUGGCGGUGGCGCCACAAAUCGUCACAAGAAACGCGUACGAACGCCACACAACACGCGAGAGAAGCAGCGACAAAUUGCUCUGGGACAUGGCGAGACUCUUAUGCCCAACAAUUUUAUCUAUCGCACACCCAAUGCUAUUACCAACGAAGAGAGCGGCUAUGGCACUCAGCUAGUCCAAAUCCAAACUGUAAUCGCUGAUAGCGACUUGCAGCUGGGAACACUGGCGCGCCGAAGACCUUUACCAUCAGAGCUGGGAAAUUUUCAGGACUUACAAGACGUAGAUACAGUUAAGCCCUAUAAUAUGCUCUCACAUUUGGAGAAUAACAGUAAUCUAGCAAAGCAAACGGCUAUCGCUAUAACAGAUAUGGGCGGCAUUUAUGAUACGCGUCCGCCGCGUCCCAAUUCGAUUGAGCUGCGCACUUAUCCGGCGGAGCAGCUCGAUGGCAGCGGCUACGACCAAUUGACACCACAGACGGCCAAUCAAUAUGCCGCUGCAUAUGGCACCAAUGGCAUUCAGCAGCAGCAGAUGCAUCAUCAGGGCCAACAGCAGAUGUAUGAUGGCACGCUCUAUGGACAGUACGGACAGAGCGGUGGACAAGGCGCGCUCUCGCCGGAGCCCAUUUAUGGACCGGGUACACCGUCACGCAACAAGCCGCGACCAUCGCAGCCACCACCGGCGCCGCCUUCCAAUGGCAGCGGCGGUGGCACGCCAAAUGCCUCCAAUGCCAAUACGCCCACGCGUGGACGCAGCAUGUCCACCAGUCGUGAUGCAUUGCCACCGCCGCCCCCUGUGCCGGAUGUGGUAUCGCCCAUGGGCGUUAUGAAUGGCAAUGCCAGUGGUCAUAUGGCGGCCAAGCUGCUGGGACGCACCAAUAGCACAUCGCGAGCUGGCUCUCCGCAGAUGGCGCCCAGCAGCACUGCCAACGAUUUGGUCAUGGCGCAACUCAACAACACUUUCAACAGCAUGAGCAUGGCACACAACAAUCAACAAUCAAGCGAUUUUCCACCGCCGCCACCAGUGCCGGACCAGCACUCGCCCAAAAUGUCGCCCCCGAAUGCAGCGCCGCCGCCACCACCGCCGCCUCCACCAGUUGAGGACGGUCUGGGCACAGUACAAAUGCCAACGCAUCCGCAUCAGAUCAUGCCCAAGUCGCUGGUCAAUGGCGAUAUGCAGCAGUUAUUGCAGCCCAAUGGCAAUACACAUAUAGUGGCAGCCAAGAAGAUAAUGCCACCAUUCCAUGACCCACGCAACGAUCUAAUGAAGGCCAUAAGAGAUGGCAUCAGUUUGCGCAAGGUGGAAAAGUCGGAGCUGAAGGAAAUUGAGCGUAAUACGGCUAUGCUGGAUGUUGCCUCCAUUUUGGCCAGACGUGUGGCCAUCGAGCUAUCCGAGUCGGAGGAUUCGGAUAGCGAAGAUGACAGUGAGGGCUGGAUGGAACCAAACGAGACGUCCGCUUGAUCCCUGAUUGCCACGCUCAAGCCGGACAAAGCGAAAAAGAAAAAGUAAUUCCAAAGAAAAUAGCAAACAGCAAGCAUUAUGUACGCCCCUCCCACUACCCACAACAGAAUUGGAUUACUUCAAAAGCGCCAAAGCUUGUUUUUUUUUUUGUUUUUUAUAUAUAAAUAUAAAAAUGUACUUCCUAAGAGUAUAAACUAUGCAAGUUUGCAUACAGAACAUACACACACUUAAACCUUAAAUCAAAAAUAGCAAACGAAUUGUACAUAUAACAGAUAUACAAACAUACCAAGCGCUAUAAUGGCUAAUAGUAUAUGCUAGGGCUGAUAUAUAGAAACAAAAUCACAAAAUACGACUAUAUAAAAACAUAUUCACAAACAGGCUUAGCCUAGGCCUCCUCGUUAGGGAAUCCAAAUCAAUACUCGUCUAGUUGAGCGCUAAACUCCUUCCCAUAACGUCACUCUACUGCAGCAUUUAAAAUUAAUAAGCAAUGAAAAGCAGUACAGUAAAUUAUCUAUACAUAUAGUUAGCUAUAAAACUUGGUAUUUGGAACUAAAACGAUAUUUAAACUUUAUAAAACUCGAAUACGAAAAUGAUUAUUAACCAACGUCAACAAAAGGCAUAUUAAACAAGUAUACAUACUAUAAUCAACAUAAUGUGAGCAUAAAUUUAGAAAUUUGUACAUAUACUAAUAAUAAUAAUAACCUUUUUCACACGCUAUGAAACUGCAAUAUAUAUAAAAACUAUAACCGCAUAACUAUAAAAUAUAAAUAAACGUGUAUUCUAAACUUUAAAUUGCUGCAAAACGUUGAAUUGCAUAGCUAAAACAAAAAUACUGUGUAUUAUGAUUUUGUAUUGUGUUUAAAGCUUAUACUAUAAAAACAAAAAGUAAUAAUA